AUGAACUACCAAUACAUUACUGGAAGCAACCAUGGAGGAAGUGAAUCUGUCUUGGAGACAACAACUAAAGCAGCUGCAGAACCACAAAUUGCUACAGCAUCACGAUCAAAUUCAGUAACAACUGCAGCACCAGCAAAACCAGCAACAUCUGAACCAGCUCAAGCAACAAGACCAAUAACAGCAGCAGCACAAGCAACAGAAGCAGAAAUGGUGUCAACAACUGUAGCAGUUCCACUACAGUCACUGGCAGAAAAGAGGAAGGAAACCACAGGCAUCAGCAAUUACAGGGCAAAACCAACAGAUACUACAACAACAAAUCCACCACCAAGAGAAAUAGUGCCAAUUAAAGAAUCAAAGGCAGCAACAGCACGAAGAAUCCUGUCAGCACCACCACCACAUCCACUACCACUACUACCACCACCACCUCCACCUCCGGCCACAGAAGCACCAGCAGCAACAACAGAAGCAGCAACUGAACCAACAACAACACUAGCAGCAGCAACAAAACCAUCAACAACAGUUGUAGCAACACAACACUGUCUAAGGAGGAGUCAAAGACAAGAUACAUCUACAUCAUUAAAUAAGGAUUUUUUAUGGCCUCAGACAAAGAAAUGGAAAAGAUUGUGA